GUCCAAUCACUGUUGAGCGAUGUAUGUUGUUUCAUUGUUUGUUGUUAUAAGAGGGACGACUCGGAAGUGUUUACCAGUUUAGCUUUAGCAGUUGGUGAAUCUGAGGCAAUUGAAAUUAGGGCAAAAAUGGGGAGAACACCAUCGAGCAAGGAGGACGCUCAAGCCCUAUUCCAUUCGCUUCGAUCGGCUUACGCUGCCACUCCUGUUAAUCUCAAGAUCAUUGAUCUAUAUGUGGGUUUCGCAGUCUUCACCGCUCUGAUUCAGGUGGUGUACAUGGCUAUUGUGGGAUCAUUUCCUUUCAACUCAUUUCUUUCUGGAGUGCUUUCUUGUGUUGGAACAGCAGUCCUUGCUGUUUGUCUUCGUAUUCAAGUGAACAAAGAAAACAAGGAUUUCAAGGAUCUACCACCUGAGCGAGCUUUUGCAGAUUUUGUUCUUUGCAACUUAGUGCUCCAUUUAGUGAUCAUGAAUUUCCUUGGAUAAAUGGUGCAUCCAGGUUUGCCGGACUGCUGUUUUCUCCGUUUCUGGCAGUGAUUCAUAGUUAUUGCAUGAAAUGAAAAUCUUAGACCGACAUUAUGAGCUUAUCCAUGCAGCAUAUUUAAUCCGGAAUUGUAGUAGUAAUUUGAUGUUUUAUCUUUGGCUAAAGAGUUUCGAAAUUACUUGGACAGAACAAAAGACAUUAUGUCAAUUUACUUGUUCUGAUUACUUUCCUCGGUUAUCUUUCUUUAUAUGUUUGAACUCAGCUGAUAAGCUGAUAUAACAAUGGUCAUCUGCUAAUCGUAUUUCUUAAAAUCCCUUGAAAAUGCCUAAAAUGUCAUUAAUCUAAAUGAAGAAUUUUAGGGGGAAGCAGUUGCCUAUGUUUUGGAUAAUAGUUAGUUCAAUGGGAAUUGCAUGAUAAAAGUUUGGUCUAUAUUGAAAUUAUUGAAACAUCAUAAAUUUGUAAUCCUACUAUUUGAUAGUCAAUGCUUGAUUUAUUGUAUCUCCUUGUCUUCUUGAUUCGUAUUUCUCAUUGAUGUUGUUUGAGCUUUUUCUAUUGUCCCCAAGGAACAUCCAAGCUUUAAUCAUCUGUCACUUAAAAACAAAAAACAAAAAAAAAAAAAGGAGAAAAAAAUAUG